AUGGGCUCUGGAAGACAUAUCUGCCCUUCCUCACCUGUGGAUGCCAUGGAUCUUCCCUUUGGCUCAUAUGGAACCCUGAAGUACCAGCUGGCGGACAUGCCGACUGUUAGGGAUACCUUUGUUGAAUAUGAUAUAUCUGCUGAUUUCGAGUUAGCAGAAGGGGGCCUCAUCUCCAUCCCAAAUGACACCGUCUCCAUCAGCCAGCCUCCCAUCCAGAACUAUUCGUUGUGCCAGAGUCUCCAUCCGGCGUUCUUGAAUAUGGUGAUGUCUGUCAUAGGCAAUAUAGAGCCUCGGGAGUUCAACUGUACCCCUGAUGCGUUCUCUGGAGCUGCGGGACUGAAGGAUGCUAUUUUGGCUCUGAUUCCACGUGGGGGUUCUGGAAUCAACACCACGACCGUCUGGUACCUUAACAUUUCCCUUCUGGAAGGUCCAGUGAUUGAUUUUGCAAAUAAAACAGCUGUUGGGCAGCUCCUUGUGCAAAUCGAGGUGUUCAUCAAGAACGCAGAUGGACCUCCCACUUCGAUACUCAGCGUAAGAGAUAGCCUCAAACUGACUUCCAUGUUCUCAGUGAUGGGUCACAGGCUCAUCCUGACCCUGUCCAUUGACAGCCAUGAUCUGCGGCUGGUUUCUUCAAGUGUUGGCAUCUCUGAGGUGGCCAGUCUGCUGCCACACUGCAAUAGCCUGCUGGGAGAAAGAAUUUUGCCUCUUCUGAGUGGCCCCCUUGGUGGAGGAAUCCCACUGCCUCGCCCAUUGAGGACUCCCUUGGAUAAAGCCAAAGUAUGGAUUGCCGAGCCCAACAGCUCUGCAAUGAUGCAGAAGAUGUUCAAGGUUUGCAUUUUAAGCAUCCUUUUCCCCCUCAUUGUCCCUUCGCAGGGGACCAACCCAGGAACUGUGGUAAGAGUUAAUCAAGAAGCACUUGAGUAUGUAUGCCAGGAAGGGAGACCGUCCCUGCUGCGAGGCCUCAGCAUCAUCAAGAUUCCACAGUUUGUGGACCGUGGAACUAUUUUUCAACCGCUUCUGAACUUUGUGGGCAUCAACAUUCUGAAAGUUGAGCUUCCUCACCUCUCCCUGAAACUGAUCCCCAAAACCGGCGUCCAGCUGUCUUUCAGCAGCCAGUUCCACAUGAGAGUCAACCUCUUGAUUUCGCCCUUGGAGCUGAAGCUGGGAUCCUCCAUCAUGCUUGAUAUCCGUGUCACGCGCAGUCCUCAUGGGUUCCCCGUCCUGAGUAUUACGGCUUGCAAGUCCCUUCUGGGAGACAUACAAAUCAUAGUUCGUGGAAAGAACUUGUUUGGUCUCCCGAAACUUAUUCAGGACCACAUCCGUGCCGUCUUGAUCGACAAGAUGUGUUUGAGUGUCUCUAACACGGUCCUGGGACUGAAUGCCAAGCUGGGCACUUUGGUUGGCCUGAAUACCAUCAAUCCCAUGUCCCAACUUCAGUACGCCAUGUUGGAAACCCCCGAAAUCACCAGUGACUACAUUGAUGUGGAUUUAAAUGCAGCUUUUGCACUGAUGGGGAAGCCGAUAGACGUGUCCAGCCCCGCCCCGGCUUUCUCCCUGCCGCCCCAGGAGAGGGUUUCCAAUGAUCCCAUGGUGACCAUGGGCAUCUCGGAACAUCUGUUCAUGAAUCUAUUUUCCACUCUGGGACAAUCAGGAGCCUUCAAUCUCAACAUCGGAGGCCAGUCGAGUUCUGGAGGGUUCCACCUCACCAGGUCCAUGCUGGAAUCUGCCAUGCCCUCAAUUGCAGGACGGUAUCCCCAGGAUGCGGUCUUUGGGCUCAACGUGGUCCUCAGUCGACACCCCAUCAUUAGCCUGCAGGAGGGCCGCGCUGUCCUGCGUCUCAGCCCUGCCGUCCAGGUGGUAGCAGCCAGCUUUGGAUCUUCCUCCCAGAGUCAGAUCCUCUGCACUCUGGAUGUGGAUCUGAGCUUAGCUCUCAAGAUGGAGGUCAAAGCAACAAGCCUUCAGAUCUCGGUUGCCUUGGAAGGGUGA